AUGAUUUCACCACUGUUACUUUGCAGCUACUGCAGCAAGAUACCCCUCAGUCAUUGCGACCUCAAGUCUGCUAUCAGCUCACCCGGUGGAACCCCUUUCUUCCUACUUGGUCCAUGGUCACGCAUCAGUACCAGCUCAUGUCCUCUGUGUGAAGUUGUGACUCGCGCCAUCUUCGAAGCGCACAGGUUGUCGCCCGGCAGUGUAGCGCAAGGGGACGACGAGACGUUUGCUUUAUGUUGGAACAAUCAGUUGGGGCCUGGUCAACGGGGCGCUUUCAGUAUCAACGACUCUACGAACACAGCCAGUGGCCAGUACGUCUGCUUCGUAAGCGAUUCUUCUGAUGGGCUGGAAGUUGCAAAUGACGCAUAUUUUCUUAUGCCAGCAGUUGGACCCAAGCUACAAAUGUCGAGAGUCUCCAAAUGGAUUGACGCUUGCACGACAACACAUCCCAUCACCAAAUGCAAAGCCCAGAAUUAUCAAGGAUUUACAUCGAUAUUUCCUAAAUUGCAGGUUCUUCGGCUCGUCGACAUUGACAAUGGCAACUUGGUUGAGGUCUCAGACAUUCGUCCCUACAAAUAUGUAGCGCUUAGUUAUGUCUGGGGCGGAGUAUCUAGCUUUAGGCUCACAAAGUCAACUUUAAGCCGACUUCUUCUCCCGAACUCAAUCUCUCAAAUACGGAAUAGACUGCCGCUCACUAUUCUAGAUACCAUCACGCUUGUGAAGCUUCUUGGCCUUCGUUACCUAUGGGUUGAUUUGCUUUGCCUUAUCCAGGACGACCCGGAUGAUUUGAGUAGAGGAACUGCGGUGAUGGACAACGUUUAUGAGCGUUCAUGGCUCACUGUCAUCGCCGCUUGUGGUCAUGAUGCGAACUCGGGCCUACCAGCAGUGACGGGAACUCGAGCUCCGCAGCAGACCUUCCGAAUUACCCCAACAGUGCGUUUUGGGUUGUAUACGCCACUUGACUGGGCACUCGCUGCGACUGUUUACCAAACCAGAGGAUGGACGGUUCCAGGAACAAGCGCUAUGUCAGCGGGCACUUUACUUUGUUGA